AUGACUACAGCUCAUAGGCCUACAUUUGACCCAGCCCGUGGAAAAGAAGCGCUCCGCGGACCGGCGUACCAUCAGCGCCUCCUACCAGCAUAUACGCAGCUCAAGUUUAGAAAACCCGGCCAAGGCGGUGAAGCCGACCGCACCACCCGCGACCUGCGCGCCGAGCUCGAAGCCGCCGAGGCAGCACACUACGCCAAGCUCAAGGGCGCGCCCAUCCCCGGCACAUCUUCCGAACCCAACGGCCCGGAAACAUCAUCGGCCUCGAACAAGCGGCCGCUAGCUCUGGGCGGCGGCGAGCGCGGAGAUGAUGAGGAAGAAGAUGCAGAAGCGAAGCGGCGGCGCAUCCUCGCCGAAACGCGCGACAUAGAUGCAGACGACAGCGACGCAUCAGGCGGCGACUCGGACGAGGAUGACGACGAUAGUGACGACUCAGACGACAGCGACGACUCGGACGCCGAGCUCGCGCGCGAGCUAGAGCGGGUGAAGCGCGAGCGGGCGGAGAAGCGGGAGCGCGAAGAGCGCGAGCGGCAGGCGGCGGAGCAGGAGGCGCGCGAGCGGGACAUCGCGUUCGGGAAUCCGCUGCUGAAUAAGCCGGAUUUCAACAUCAAGCGGCGGUGGGACGACGACGUGGUGUUUAAGAACCAGGCCAGGGGGACGGAGGAUAAGGGGAAGAGGAAGGAGUUUAUUAAUGACUUGCUGCGGUCAGAUUUCCACAGGAGGUUCAUGAGCAAGUACGUCCGGUAA